GGAGACGCGAGGAACUUCCUCAAGAGCCUAGCGACCGGGAGCGGUAAAUUAAUACACACAGGCGAGUUUGCCCUCAAAACAUACACACUAUGCUUGAAUCCCCGUGUAAAUCGAUAAGUGUCCUCAACGCGUGGUCGGAGAGUCAGGAAGAGUUGCGCGAGACGCAACCGGUGUCUCCUCACGGGACGGAGAAGCGAGUAAAGACAAAAAAGAAAAAGAGAAAACAGAAGCAAAGUCAGAAGCGCUCCGUUUCGGCCCCUCAGUUAUGCCCCGAAGAAGACUACAAGGAGCGAGUAGAAACUAAAUACAGACCGGACGAACCGAUUGUACGAGGAAUCUUCCAAAUUGAAAAAAAGAGCCACGACGUAGUUCUUACGACAACGCGGGUAACAUGGACGCCCAUUCAGCCCGAGACCCCUACAGCUGACCGUGAUCUGAAGAAGCAGGAGGAGUAUGUGGACCUUAAAGACGUGUUUGCAGUGAAGGUAAAGCGGCGGCGGUCAGCUGGACAGCAGUCUGGUGGGACCCUUCUGGGAAUCACACUCUUCCAAUGCAAGAAGAAAGGCCUCAAACUGAAAGAUCAUGCCAUCCAUCUCAACAACCUGAGCGUGGACCACUGUGAGAUCUGGUUCAAAACCCUCAAAGAGCUCCUCAACGGUUUCAAGAAUCGUCCCAAGUCUCUCAAAGUCUUUGUGAACCCCAUCAGUCAUAAGAAAGAGGCAUACCAGAUCUACCUGGAUGAAGUUGCUCCGCUCUUCAAACUCGCUGAUAUACAAGUGGAUGUCACCAUCACUGAGAGGAAGGGCCAUGCUCUGUCCAUUCUGAAAGACUGCAGCUUGGAAGACUAUGAUGGUGUGGUGUGUGUUGGGGGAGAUGGCUCUGUUUCUGAGGUGGCCCACGGGUUGCUUCUCCGGGCCCAGAUGGACGCUGGGAGGGACACAGACUCCAUCUUCACGCCUGUCCAAGCAGCACUUCCUCUCGGCGUAAUACCAGCAGGUUCUACAGAUGUAGUGGCGUGUUCUGUUCAUGGAAUAAGACGUGCUGCGACUGCGGCCUUGCACAUCAUCAUGGGUCACCAUCAGCCUGUGGACGUGUGCAGUUUCAGCUGUAUGGGUCGUCUGCUGAGGUUCGGCUUCUCUGCCAUGUUUGGUUUCGGUGGGCGGACACUCGCAUUGGCAGAGAGACACCGCUGGAUGCCACCCAGCCAGCGCCGCGAGUUCGCUCUCAUUAAAACACUGGCAAAGCUCAAACCUGAAGAUUGUGAACUGUCCUUUUUAACCGCCAAAGGAGCUGAGGAUCAGAAAAAAGCUGAGCUGAACGGAGAUGGAGGAGACAUUUGUGAAGGUGACUGGCAGAGCAGAAAAGGUCUGUUCCUCAAUAUCAGCAUCAUGGCCAUUCCCUGUCUGUGCUCCAUGGCCCCCAGAGGCCUGGCUCCAAACACCAGGCUGAACAACGGCAGUAUGGCGCUGAUAUCAGUUGGCAACACCUCCAGGUCAGAGUUCAUCAAGCACUUGAAGAGAUACAACAGCACAAACAACCAGUUUGGCUUCUCCUUCAUUGAAACUCACAGUGUGAAGGCGGUCAGACUUCGGCCGAGCUCUCAGAGCAGCUGGACUGAUGACGUCUCAGAGGAGAACGAGGAGAGCGAUUCUAAAAACACACCCAUCAUCUCCUCUGAAGGGACGUACCCCUGGAACAUCGACGGAGAUCUGCUGGACGUCCCGUCUGAGCUCCUCAUCAGAGUUCACCCUCAGCUCCUCACACUCUUUGGAUCAGACGUGGAGGAGGCCGAGGAGACGCCGGUGAAAUGCAGCUGUAUCUGAACACACACUCAUACACACAUGCACACAGAGAAUUGCUAUUAAGAACUCAACAAACAAACCGCACAGAGAAAUGCUUUAACAUGUAAAGAGAACAUUUUAUGACAACACAAAAACACACAGUACAUUCCAGUGCAUUACAACUUAAAUAAACCAAAAGACAGUUUUUAAACAAAUUUGUAUCAUUUUUAAAGACUUAACUUAAUAAACAUACACAGAAAAA